GGAGCCUGGUCGCCUACAAAAAACCCUCCUGGCUGAACAUUUAUUGCCCCACCGCUGUGAGAGUGUGUGCACGUCUGACAGCCAACGAUCCGAGUUACAGAAGAGGCUUUUCGACUCAAGCCUCCAUCCGCCAUUUUCAGCAGAUUGCAAGCAGAUCAUGGCGAUUACUGGAGGGGCGGUGGAAACCCUCGACCAAAUCCCAGCUCAUGUGUGGAAGGGUUUGCCCGACUGUUUGAGUCUCGGACCUUCUGCUAUCAAUCAAAGCCGAAUCGGUGUGUGGGCCACUCAGGUGAUCCCUAAAGGAAAGAGGUUUGGUCCAUUUGUUGGGGAGAAGAAAAAAAGGUCCCAGGUGUCGAGCAAUGUGUACAUGUGGGAGGUUUAUUUCCCAGCGCGCGGCUGGAUGUGUGUUGACGCCACGGACCCCGUGAAGGGGAACUGGCUGCGAUAUGUGAACUGGGCUCGCUCCAGUGAAGAGCAGAAUCUGUUCCCGCUGGAGAUCAACAGAGCCAUUUACUACAAAGCUUUAAGGCCUAUCGGGCCGGGAGAGGAGCUGCUGGUGUGGUACACGGUGGAAGACAACCCGGAGAUAACAGCUGCACUGGAGGAAGAAAGAGCCAGCAGGAACAACUCACCCAGGGCGAGGAAGCGAGCCAAGAGAAAGCUGCUGGAGAGAGCCAGACAGGCUGGUUUGGGUGGAUUCAAGAGAACGAGUAUAACCAAACCUACUGUCAAGGAGAUGUGGGAUGGGGAUAAAGGUCUCAAGGAGGAGGAUGAGAGGCCUUCCACCUUAGGGCCCUCACCGGAACUGCAGGAAACCCGUCCCAUGGGAAGCACUGACUAUAGAGAUGCAGAGGACAUGUCAGCAUUGAUGACAGACAGGGGAAAUGGGGAGGAGGAAGAGGAAGAAGAGGAGGAUGAUGCUGACGAUUUGGAGGAACCGAGUGUAGAACGGCAGCAAACUUCUCAGCGUUCUGCUGCGGCUGAUAUCGUGCAAAAUAAGCAGCGUGGUGAAGAAAGCCAUAAGGAUUCACCAGGAAAGUUGGAGUCUUCCUCACUUGCAGGGCAAGAACCAGAGGUUGAGCCUGAUCCUGAUCUUGACCUUGACCCCGACCUCGAUGGUGAUCUUGAGGGCGAUCCUCACGGCGAGUCGUAUCCCUGUCAGCACUGUGAGCGCCAUUUCUCCACCAGACAGGGUCUGGAACGUCACAUACACAUUCACGCCAUCACUAACCAGCAAACACAACUCUUCAAGUGCCGCUACUGCAAUAAAUCCUUUGGCUCGCAGGUUGGGCGGCGGCGGCAUGAGAGACGGCACGAGAGCGGGCUGAAGAAAAGGCCCGGCUCUCUGGCGGGGACGGCUAGUCUGCUCAGUCCCGUGAUGCAGACUGAUGCUUCAAGUCCUGACUGCACCAGCCCCACGAGUCACUAUAUAGCCAUAGGGUCCCAGAUUACUGGAGGACCGCUGCACAACUCUGAGAUGCAGAGAAAGGAGUUGGGCUCUUAUGCUGACCGUCCCUAUAUAUUGGAUGAAAAUGGGGAGUCAAAGGAGCUCCAUCCCUGCAAGUACUGUAAUAAAGCAUUUGGCACACACACCAACAUGCGCAGGCACCAGCGCAGGAUACACGAACGGCACUUGUUACCAAAGGGGGUCCGCAGGAAAGGCAUGCUGCUUCAAGAGGCAUCAGUGCAACAACAGCAGCAGCCUGAUGAGUCCCCCAGCACCAGUCCCCCGCCAGUCUAUGUGCCCAGUGCGGACACAGAAGACGAGGUAGACAGGGACGAUUACGCAGUUGAUAUAUCCAAAAACAUCUCUGAGAAUCUGAGCUUCUACAUUGAUGGCAAGAUUGUGUCCACCAGCUCAGUGAGCACCUGUGAGGUGAUAGAAGUGGACUCCAGAUCUGCAGCUCUGUUUGGUCUGGACACAGUCAUCAUCAGCCCAAACCAGAUCAGCCAGGCUCUGAAGGUGGAGGGCAGGACGAGUGCUGCCAAGCAGGUGUCCAACAUCAGCCAGCCAGCAGGAAAAAGAAGAACAUCAACACCUCCGUUUGUCCCCAGCCUUAAAGUGGAGACGGAAUCGGCAUCUUUCACAGCUUCCUCAUCAUCUUCAUCAUCCUCUACAUCUUCCUCGUCUAACUUGUUAGUGGGUGGACUGUUCCAGCAAGCUCCCGAUUCAUCAGCGUUUCAAAGAGAGAAAACGGUUUAUCUCUCACCGAAGCUCAAACAGCUCCUUCAGACACAAGACAUUCAGAAAUCAACCAUUGCUCUGAUAACAGAAAGCCAUAGACUGGCCUCGCCGCUGUCCGUCACCCCACUGCCGGGGGCUUCAGGCAGGUUUAAAAGAAGAACAUCCUCUCCCCCGUCAUCUCCACAACUCAGUCCUGCAUGUAAAACAGAAAGCUGUAAAGAGGCGGUGAGCUUCGCCCUGAAGGUGCCAAAGCUGGAAAGCCACAGCGCGUCACCUCCUGGCAGCCUGCAGGACAAGGAGGACGGAGACAGCCUGAACCUUUCUGGAAAUAAUAUGCAUGGCCAAACCUCAUCUAGUAGCGGUGGAAAUUCCUGCAAUCAGCAACCCUUGGAUCUGUCGAACUCCAUCAGCAGGAGGAGUGAAAGCUCGAACAAGGUGCUCGGGGAUUCAGCUCUUGAUUUAAGUUUUCAUCGGAAGGGCGGCGUCGAGCCGGAACUAAAGGAAAGUCCAGCACCACAGCCGCUGGUAAAAAAGAGGAAGCCCAACACCAGCAUGCUUGAAAAGGUGCUGAUGAACGAGUAUUUAGGUCUCCCUAUGCCAGGAGAGGAGGGCCCCUCCACCUUUGCAAACUUAAGUUGCUUCCAUUCUCGCUCUCCAAACGUCUCAUCAGAGUCUGCCCACCCCUCUCCGCCCUCUUUGACCCCCGUCACCAUGAACCCCUCUUCCCCCGGUGACUCCAGUGUGACCUCCCCAACACCGCCCCCCCCUCUACUCCCUACCAUCCCUUCUCCGCCGGCUAUGCCUAGCUCUCCUCUUUCUCAGCCUUCAGACUCGUCCGCACUGAGACCUCUUCCUGUCCUCUCGCCAAAAAUGUCUCCAAAAUCGGUUGAACACAAGCCCCUGUCGGACUCAGAGAAUAUGUCUGACGAAGAAAACAAAGACGAGGAAGAGGACAGUAUCUCCGAGCCACUGGACUCCCAGGACACUCCACUUAAAGAUCCCCUAAAUGGUUCAGCGAUGUCAGACUCUCCUGAGCCGACAUCAGGAGAUCAGCGCACUACAGAAGAAGAUCUUUCUCCCACUGCAGCUUGCAACAGUCUGCUAAAUGGCAAGAUAAACCAAAACCUUGACUCGGUAACAGAGAAAUCUCUUGCUGCUCUCUCAUCCCAGCCUGAAUCCUCAUCUUCCUCAUCAUCUCCUCCUCCUGCAUCACACGUUCCAUCCCCAUCCCCGGCUCCACAGUCCCCCCCUCAGAUUAAGAUAAAAGAAGAGCCUCAGCACUGCGUAGAUGAGCUGUCCGUUAUGAAUCAUGCACCUCAGGACGGCGUUGACUCUUCACCUCAGCCCGCUGCUCCUGAUAAACUGUCUGAUAAAACCUCUGAGUCAGAGGAGGUCGACUCGACAUACUGCAAGACUUUUGUGUGUAAUGUCUGCGAGCAGCCGUUCAGCUCCAUCAAAGAGCUCAGUGGUCACAUCGCGGAGCACGCUGCCGACUGGCCCUUCAAGUGUGAAUUCUGCGUGCAGCUGUUUGGUGAUGCUCCAGCACUGCUGGCUCACCGGACCACACUACACGGAGUGGGCAGGAUCUUUGUGUGCUCUGUUUGUUCCAAGGAGUUUGCAUUUCUCUGUAACCUCCAGCAGCACCAAAAGGACCUGCAUCCAAACGAGACGUGUUCACAUACUACUGUAGAGAACGGCAAGCUUAGGCCACAGAACUACACGGAUCCAUCCAGAUCCAAAGAGGAAAGCAGCCCCUCAACACCAGCACCGGAGACGACCGAUGAAGCUGCUCCACACAGUGACGUUGAUUUAGCAAAAGAAGAGCCUGGUGUUAAUGGGGAUCAUAUACAGGAAGGGGCAGAGGACCCCAACGAGGAGCUUUACACUACAAUAAAGAUCAUGGCGUCAGAAGGAGGAAAGCCUAAAGGCCCGGAUGUUCGCCUCGGCAUUAACCAACACUACCCCAGUUUUAAACCACCACCUUUCCCUUAUCAUAGCCGUUCCCAUGCUGGCUCGGUGGCCUCGGCUACAAACUUCACCACCCACAACAUACCGCAAACAUUCACCACUGCCAUACGCUGCACCAAGUGUGGCAACAGCUUCGACAACAUGCCCGAACUGCACAAGCAUAUUUUGGCCUGUGCCAAUGCUAGCGACAAGAAGCGUUACACUCCCAAGAAAAACCCCAUCCCCCUCAAGCAAAUAGUGAAGAGUCCCAACGGAGUGGUGUCGCCCUCGGCAGCCAUCGCAGGCCAGAGUCCUUUCCGUAGAAUGGGUCAGCCAAAGAGACUUAACUUUAAUCAAGAUACUGGUAAAACAAAAAUGAGUGCCCUGAGUAAAAAGAAAAAUCAGCUGGUCCAGAAGGCAAUUUCACAGAAAAAUAAAACUGCCACUACUGCAAAGAAGGCUUCAGUUAAAGUCGAAGAAGAGCAGGCCUCUAAUGUUUGCCCCCACUGCAGCCGGGAGUUUACUUACCCUGCAAGUCUCAGUAAACAUAUGGCAGUCAGCUGCCCCAUGAAGCCUGUUGUUAAAAAGGGCAAAAAAGGUGCAGCAGAGGUUAAAAAGGAGACGGUAGAUAAAAACAUGAAUCUUAGAAAGAAAGCUUCAGACUGUGAAAUAUUGCAGGCAGAGCCGGAGCCGAAACCCCUGGGAAAGACCCGAGCUCGUAGCUCUGGUGCAGCAGACCCUGAACCCUCCCAGACGGGCAAAGGAAAAACCGCUGCUACGCUGGGCAAACUUAAGAGGCCCGCCUCGUUCCCGCCACCAGUUUCUGCUAGCAAAAAAACAAAGAAGGGCCAAGUUCAAUCUCUACCUCCCUCCCUGUUAGCCCCGGACACUCCCAGUGACACUGCACAACAACAACGGCCAGCCAUGAGAAUGCACCGUAUGGGCAAAGAGGCAGCACCCAAGAGAUUAGCAGAAGCCAAAUCACUACUAGCAGCACCACCACCGACGCCACCGCCACCACAACAACAGCCGAAGAAAGAGGAGCGGUUCUCGCUUCGAUCGAGGGAGAGAGUAGGUGGUCCAGUCACCAGGAGCUUACAGAUGGGGAGCGCAGCUCCUUCUGCUGACGUGAAAACUGAAGAACCACCGAUUCAAGAGCCAAAAGAGACUCAGGAGGUGCUGAUGAAGUGAGCCAUGCAGACACUGUGGAGCUCUCUGGGCGUACGGUGCUCACCUCUCAGGCAACACUCUGGACUAUUCAAGGCACUGACGGCGCUGAGGUCGACCUCUGUGGUGGGCUCAUUCACUCUAAACAAGUGAAGUCUGCUUCUCUCAACUGCCUUUGCUGGAUUUAAGGAGGGAACUCUCUUUAUCUUCCAUCUUUAUCUUAUGAAACUGAACUGAGCCUCGAUUUUCGCCAGCCUUGCAAAAAAAAGGAAAAAGAAACUGUAAAUGACAAUGAGUUAAUAUAUACAAUACGAGUCAUUACUUGACCCAAAACAGUAACAUUAGGGCUCCGUUAUGUUGGAAAGCUGAUAUAUUGCAAAUGGCAAUCAUGUAUCAGUUAGGGUUAGGGAAACUUGUUUAUUCUUUCGUUCCGUAUUUUUCCCAUUUGGUUGUUUAGAUUUUUGGAUGUUUCCAGAGUCUCUUAAUGCAUGUGCAGAAUAGAGUAUAAACUAGAUUAAGCCAAUUUCCAUGUCUCUCCUAACGGGCACCUACUUCAGUUUAUACAUGAUUUGCAAAGUAUGUAUGUUUGAUUUAAAUUUCUGUAGUCAUUAUAAUGUAGAAUAUCUUAUUGGCAUAUUUUUGUUUGGGAAACAAAAAUGAAAAUGGCAGUUGUUUACUGCAACAAUUGGUCCUCAGGAACACUGUAUAUGUGUGUGGUAAGUAUGUGUAUGAUUAUAGUUGGACGAGUGGCCUGACAGCUAUUCCUUUGGAUAAAUCUCAAGUAUGUCUCAUGUUUUUACUUUUCCUUCUCAUACUCUUUUGUUCAUCCAACGUUGGCAGGUAAUUCCAGUUGUAAAAUGAUGGGAAUUCUGUUGUAGUCUUCUUAAAAUAAUGUCCGUUUCAAAAAUAAUUUUUAAUAUCACUCAUUCAGCCCAGUGUUUCUUACAGCACUUUAAAAAAACAAGCUGCCAAAAUUAUUUCCAGCUGGAUCAGUAGGAUUGGCUUAAUGAAAUAUGAGUAAUUGAAUGUAUUCAGGUCUGUUGCACCAAAUUGGUGCAAAAAUUUCACAUAAUCUCAAAUGCUACUUUUACAGCCAACAAAAUCUAAAAUUGGUUGUCUCUCCGUUAAGCAAA